UCGCGGGGAAUGCUUUUGGAUGUUGAAUAGCCAAAGAUCAGUUUUAAAAACGUUUUAAAAUAAUUUUAAAAACCGAUUCGUUCAGACUUUACGAAUAGGUUCAACCCGUUCACUAAAAAAAACGAGUUAAAAAGAACGAUUCGUUCACUAAUCGGCCAUCACUACUGUAGAUGGCAGUGUCGCUGCACGAUCCGGACACAGUAUGACGCAAAACAAAAUGUGAAACUUGAAACUUGCGGAACUUCCGGUGCUGCUUUGAAGUGGGAGUGAAAAAAUUUAGUCUACCGAUUUAAUGUUGACAUUAAUUAACAUUAUUGCGUGUAGUUUUAUUGAUAAUUCUGGGCUUCUGUAUUGUAAGUAAACAAACGAUUUGAAUAUCCGGAUCGCAUAUUGUCACAACGAGGACCCUCUCCUGCAAGGUGCUGUGUGUAGGUGUUUGUGAGUGAAUUUACAUAUAAAGAGUGACCCCCUGGAGAGUGAGGAUCCUCAGACAAGAACGGGACAGGGCAGGACGGAGAUUUCCCGUGAGAGCAAAUGGAUGGCUCCUUGUUCAUCUAAGAGAAUGGGAAAGAGGUCUGCAAUGCUAUGCAAUGGAAACUGAAUCCCAGAUUUUGUCAUCGGUGAUUUAUGGUUAUUUCUCAAGUGCUGGAUGCUGGGUUCAACCAGAUACUGUUCACAACAUGUUUAUUCUGCUUCAGACAUAUUUAAUUCUUCUUCUUCUUCUGUGUGUUAACUAUAAUCCCUGUUACGCAUGCGGCCAGGCUGAAUAUAGAAUCGGUGAUGAGUGCUGUCCUAUGUGUCACCCUGGAAGUCGUGUCUACAAACAUUGUACAGCAUGGACCAGCACUUCAUGUGCUCCAUGCAUAGGUUCUACAUUCAAUGACCAGCCCAAUGGUCUGGAACAGUGCAGCCCCUGUACAGUCUGUGAUGGAGGCCUUGGUGUGAAAACAGUGAGGGCAUGUACACCCACUUCAGAUACAGUGUGUGGGGUCCUGGAAGGGCACUAUUGUAUUAAUUCUUAUAUGGGAGGGUGCAGGGCAGCCAAUAAACACACAGCCUGCGAACCUGGACAGUUCAUCAAACAGCCAGGAACAGAAUACACUGAUACAGUAUGUGAGGACUGCAGUGACAAUUCUUACUCUAAUGGCUCUUUUACAUCCUGUACACCACACACAGACUGUGAAUCCAGAGGACUUGUCACAGUUAAAGCAGGAGACCAAGCAACUGAUUCCGAAUGCAGAGAGAAAAGUGUUACUGCAUUGACAGUUAAAAUACCUGUGUCAGCAGUAAUAAUAAUAAUCAUAAUAAUAAUAAUAAUAAUAAUAAUAGCAGUCACAGCAGUAAGAUACAGAAGAAGAAAAAAAUUCCCUGAACAUGGAAUCCGCAAACAGAAUAAGGACCCACCCGCAGAAGGUGAAAAUAUACUGCCGAAUCCACAAGUAUAAGAUGACGAUGUGACAUAAACCCACAGAGGAGCCGCCUGAUACUUCUGGAUGUUUCACCUCCUCCUCCUCAGGAUUAAAUUCUUCAAUAACUGCACAGUGGUUAAAUAAUCCUUGAUUUUUCUCCAGAGGAUUGUAACGUCUGUAUCUCCUCCUGGCUUUCAGACACCAGUGUGGAUGUUCUUUGCAGUUUGAAAAAGAACAAACCAGCUGCAGAGCUUCUUUCUGCUGCUUAGUCCAUGUCUUGAUCGUCUUUAGAGAAAGUUCUGCUUACCUGACUUGACUCUUGGCCGAUUCUCUUGACUGUGAUUCUCUCUUUUUUAAAAUAAAUAAACCUGCCUCCUCAUGUCUCUGGAGCCCAGUGAUUGGCUCCUACUCUGCUUUCCCAACAUUGGCUACAGAAGUUCUGGCUACAUCAAGAAGUCCACUGGAGUUCAAAGGAGCUUCUUAUGGACAUGGAAGCAGACACCUGGUGGUCUGUUAGAAGUGAAUCCUGGUCUCUAGCUGCGUGAUAACAGGAAAUUGACACUUUGGUAGCUUGACGGUGGCUUGUACUGGAUGGCCACAGAGACAUUCUUCAGAGCAGAGACUGUAAUCAAAACCUCCAGCCUGGAGGUGUGAGGACAGAGUGCUGUCCGCUGGGCCAUCAACUGGUCUGGUUUUAAAAUCUUUGGUAAAAUUUUGCCUGAGGUUAUAUGAAUUUAUAAUUGUAACCAUAUAUUUCUGCAAUAGCAAAGAAGUACACUGCUUAUAAUUUUGUAUAAUAAUUUUUUUUCUAUAAUGAAAGGGUUUAUUUAGAUGUUUCUCAUUGAAUUGUCUUUUAGUAAUACAGUUACUAACCAGUCUAUGAAAAUGAUUUUAAUUUUGUUUCAUGCAAAUUUUGCCGUAAGAAAACAUUCUCGGUUUUUUAAUAAUUGGACUGAAAGGAUUCAAAUAAUUCAGUUAAAAAUCCUCAAGGUAAAUUUUCUACACCGAUUAUUUGCUUUAUGCUCCACGGAACUGUUAUAUACAGAAUGCAGAAGUGGGUGGAUGAUAUUAACUGAGGCACCAAGAGGAAAAUGGGGAAAAGCAAAAGGAAGAGAGAAGUGAUAGACAGUGGCAGUUGGAGUAAGGCAAUUAAUGCACUGAAAAGGAGUGGAUUGCACUUUAAAAAUCUUUUAUUUUGAUAUUUGCAAAUAUGGUUUGUAAAAAUUUUAGUUUCAUUUUCAUGAAAACCACAAUUUGUUUAUUGAAAGACCUUUUUGGGAUAAGAUCUUUCAUUUAUUGUCACACUUGAACAAAAUACUUAUUUUAUCAGAUUACUCAACUAAUUUUAAAAAGUAAUAAAUAGUUGUAGCUGUGCUGAGUCAUUUGAACCAUUGAAGUUUUCAAUAAAGCUAUUAAACACAUUGACAA